AUGACUACUGGUGAAAUCCCCAACGAGUUCCAAGGUUACGGCGUGUUGAAGAACGGUGAUUGGUUCAAGACACAGUUGAUCUCUUAUCCUAGAAAGAACAUCAACCCUAAAGAUGUCGUGAUCAAGAACAUCUGUUGUGGUAUUUGCGGGUCUGAUCUCUUGACCUUGAAGCAGCAAUGGGGUCCUAUGCUCAGAGAAGACGGAUGUGUAGUUGGACACGAGAUCAUUGGUCAUGUCAUUGCCACAGGAACAGAAGUUACUGAAUUCAAAGUGGGCGACAGGGUAGGUGUCGGAGCUCAUUGUACGUCUUGUGGAGGUUGUGCCAGAUGUAAGUCUGAUAACGAACAAUAUUGUCUUCAAGGUGUCGAUACUUAUAACGACGUAGACGGCUUGCACGAUGAUUACAUCACUCAGGGGGGAUACUCGUCUCAUUUCAUUGCCAAUGAGAAGGAAGUGUUUGCCAUUCCUGCUGAGCUCAGCAGUGAAGAGGCUGCACCCUUGAUGUGUGCGGGUCUUACUGUGUUUUCACCUUUAGUCAGAGAAGUAGGCUACAAUGCUACUGGCAAGACGAUGGGGAUCAUUGGGAUUGGAGGGUUAGGUCAUUUGGCCGUUCAAUUCGGUAAGGCCAUUGGAGCCAACGUGGUUGCCUUCUCCAGAUCUUCAUCAAAGAAGAAACAGGCACUUGAAAUGGGUGCGUCUACAUUUGUUGCCACUGGUGAGGAAAAGGAUUGGACCACAAACUUUAAAGAUGGGUUUGAUUUGAUCUUGAAUUGUGCCAUUGGGAUCGAUGGUUUGAAUCUUGAUGAUUACAUCUCGGUGUUGAAAGUAGGAGCCAAGUUUGUAUCUGUUGGGUUACCUGAUGUUAAGGAGAAGUACUCUGUUUCUCCCUUUACAUUCCUUCAACACGGUGCUGCCUUUGGGUCUUCUUUAUUGGGGUCAAAGAAGGAAGCAAACUACAUGUUGAAGUUGGCGGCCGAGAAGGGAGUUCGUCCAUGGAUUGAAAAGGUCCCGGUCAAUGCCAAGAGCUGUAGUGAAGCGUUACAAAGAUGUGAUGCUGGUGAUGUUAGAUAUAGAUUUGUUCUCACUGAUUUUGACAAGGCUUUUAGCCAAUAG